CAAGUAUACAUCCACGGCUCCUCAUCACGCUUUCCAUCUCCCGACGACGGCUUCCAUCCUCUGAGCAUCCAGCACCUCGACCUAACCGACGGCGAGGGCAGAUUCACUAGCGCGACCUCCGGGACCAAGAACCCGGCACCACCUCCAUCUAUCUCACAUCUCGCAACAAAGCCAGACUCCAGCAUGCCCUCCAAGCCCUUGCUGCACUACCUCCACCCAUCGCGCGGCGAGCGCAUCGUCUGGCUCCUCGAGGAACUCGGCGUGGACUACGACCUCAGCGUGCACCUCCGCGCGCGGUCGGGCUGGGCUGAGAAGACGCUGAAUGAGGUGUCGUCGCUAGGCAAGUCCCCCGCGCUCGAGAUCGACGGCAAGCUCCUCACGGAAUCCGGCUUCAUCACAUACUACCUCCUCAAGCACUUCUCCUCGCCCAACGUCGAGGCGAGCCCGUCGGACGCCAGCGUCUUCUGGUCGCACUUUGCCGAGGGGACCCUGCUUUUGUGGUCGCAGCCGACUGUCGUGCUCGGCGGCGGCGCGCGCGCGUUCGCCAAGAACGAGAGCACCAAGGCCGGCGCGCUGGCCCUGGCGGGGUGGUACACCUCAGAGGCGGGGCGCACGAUCGCGCCGGCACUGCAGCAGGCCGAGGAGUUUCUGGGGGAGCACGAGUGGUUCUCGGGCGGCGACAAGCCUGGACAGGGCGAUUUCAUGAUGGGCUACGCGCUCGACCAGCUCGCGCGCGGCGGCCAGCUUCCUAUCGGGCCAAAGACCAAGGCGUACAUCGCCAAGAUGAAGGCCCGCCCCGCGUUCGUGCGGGGCAUGGCGCGCGCCACGGCCGCCGCGGGCGAGCGCGGGGGCACGCGCGCCCCACUGCUCACUCACAUCGCCAUGGCAAAGCUCACACUACACUACCUCCACCCGUCGCGCGGCGAGCGUAUCGUGUGGCUCCUCGAGGAGCUAGGGCUCGAGUACGAGCUUGUCACACACCUCCGCACGGAACAAGGCUGGGCCGGCGAGUCGCUCAAGGCCAUCAGUCCGAUGGGCAAGUCCCCAGUCCUCGAGGUCGACGGGAAGAAGCUCACCGAGAGCGGGUACAUCACGCAUUACCUCCUGACUCGCCACUCUUCGCCCUCCGCCGAGGCGCCCCCAGGCGACGACAGCGUCUUCUGGGCGCACUACGCGGAAGGAACACUGCAGCUGUGGCUCCAGCCCGCGUUCAUGGUCGCCAAGGGCGUCGAGGGGUUCAAGAAGGUCGCGUGGUACAAGAUGCUGCCGGGGAUGAAGAUGGGCGCGGGGGCGUUUGGCGGGUGGUUUGCCGGCGUGGCGGAUACGAACAUUGCGGCGGCGCUGGGCGAGGUCGAGGAGUACCUGGUAGCGAAUGAGUGGUUCUCUGGGACGGAUAAGCCGGGACAAGGCGACUUCAUGAUGGGAUACUCGCUCGACGCGCUGGUCAACGGUAACCGCAAGGGCCAGUACGACGUCGGCCCGGCCACGCGCGCGUGGGUCGCGCGGAUGCGCGCGCGCGACGCGUACAAGAGGGGGCAGGAGCGGAUCGCUGCCGGCGUGGCGGCCGCUGAGAAGGAGCAGAAAGCGUAGGGGUGUGUAUGCAAGUAUGUAUGUAAGCGGGCCGGGGUCCGACGCCACGAGUGGUCAAUGUCAGGACGAGCAGGCCACGGCGCCGUUGGCUGUGGGGUGGUGUGGCCGCC